GUCGCAAUAAAAAUUUAUAAAGUGCCAUAAGACAAAAAAAAUAUUUAUGACAAUUUUAUUUUACCGGUACCCGUUAUGACGUAUACUAAGGAUUACCUGAAGAAUAAAUUGUUAAAAGAACUGGAUGCUUCUCAUGUGCAAGUGGUAGACCAAUCAGAUGGAUGUGGUGGAAAGUUUGCUUGUGUAAUCGUUUCAGAAAAGUUUAAGGGGAAGCCAUUACUGGCAAGGCAUCGGUUGGUUAAUUCUGUUUUAGAAGAAGAAUUAAAGACCAUACACGCUUUUUCCCAAAAAACGUUCACUCUUGAACAGUGGCAGGAACAACAGCAAAAAUAAAAUGACCAACGAUUAUCCCCUCGAUCUCUCCAACUUCAAAUUUAUUGGCCGUAGAAUACAAGUGUCUGCUCCAGGAAAAGUAAUUUUAAAUGGAGAACACUCAGUCGUUUAUGGGAAAUUGGCGUUGGCAGCAAGUAUAGAUCUUAGAACCAAAGUUGAAAUAAACGAAAUAGAUCUUCGCAAUAAAUUAGUUGUCCAGUUUGAUGCAUUAAGGUUAUCCUUUCAAUAUGACAUACAGAAAAUCAAUGAAGUUCUUUUAAACCAUCCCCUUCCGUUAGACUCCGAAGAUUUGCUAGAUAGGGUGGAUAAUUUUGUCAAACUUACCCAGCCAAAUUUGUCUCCAACCGAAACUUUGGCAGUAAAGGCGUUCUUUUAUUUGCUUAUUGGUAUUUUGGGAUCCAGCAGUAUUCAAUUGACAUCUCUUCUUGUUACAGCUUCUACCGAAUUAAAUGCAGGUGCAGGAUUAGGCAGUUCAGCUUCAUUUACCGUAUGCCUUUCAGCAGCCCUGUUACAGCUAAUUAAAUCAAAAACACCAGAGGGCUAUUUCUCAAUUGAAGGUUAUAAACCAAUUACGGGGGAACUUAACCUAAUCGAGUUUAACAAACAAGACUUAGAUUGGAUUUGCCAAUGGUCGUACAGAGCAGAAAAAAUCAUACACGGAACACCUUCAGGUGUGGACAAUACCGUUUGUACGUUUGGAUCUGUUGUGGAAUAUAGAAAAGGUUCCUUGCCGAAACUGAUUGAAGCAACUUGUUCUCUGAAAUUGCUGUUGAUCAACUCCAAUGUUCCGAGAGAAACCAAGAAGAUGGUCGCCAAGGUAGCUGAGUACCGAAGGAAGUAUCCCAAGGUAUUGGAUCAUCUGUUGGAGUCAAUGGAUGAAGUUUCUACUACAGUUAUAGAUAAAAUGUCGGAGUUAUCCCAGUUAUCAGGUACAAACACAGACGACAUCAAAAAAAUACACAAAAGUUUAGCAGAACUUUUUACCAUAAAUCAUAAUCUUCUGAAUUCAAUAGGAGUUGGUCAUAAAAAGCUUAACGAUAUAGUCGACAUUUUAGCUGAACACGGACUUAGUGGAAAGCUGACAGGAGGUGGUGGUGGUGGUUACGCCAUCUGUUUGAUACCUCCGAAGUUUGAUGCGGUCUGCUUAAGACAAGCUGUUAUAACUUUGGAGUGUCAUGGUUUUGACGUGGUUGAAACAAAAUUAGGAGUGAGGGGAGUAACACUGGAUAUUUUUGCUUAAAGUAGUUUCAUUUUGGUAAUCAUUUUAAUAGUAUAUCAUGCAGUUUUUGGAAGUAUCCAUUUUUAAUUUUUUUAAAUACAUAGUAUAUCUACU